AUGUCCGCCAACUUUGCCUGGUCUCAUUCGGAUCAGAUAUACAAUGCCGACAAUUCCACAGCAGGGGCAAUGCUUUGUCCACUCUUCUUUGGUGCGGACAAGACAACAGUUUCAGUCUCGACAGGCAAUGUCAAAUAUCACCCGGGGUAUAUGGGCCUCGGAAAUGAGCAUAGUACACUACGAUGGGCGCAUCGAAAUGGUGUUGUCCCUUUCAUUUUCCUUGCCAUUCCGAAAAGUGAUCGAAAGUACGAUAACGACCCCGCAUUCCGUACCUUCAAGCGUCAGCUAUACCAUGCAUCAUGGGCGGCUGUUCUCUCGUCACUGAAGCCCGGAAUGACAGUACCUGUUGUCCGCCGCUGCCCUGAUGGUCAUUUCCGUCGAGUAAUCUAUGAUUUUGGACCCUUCAUUGCCGACUAUCCAGAGCAAGUCCUUCUUGCUGGUGUUGUGCAGGGAUGGUGUACUAAAUGCACGGCUCCUGCGCAUGACCUCGAUGGGCCGAUAAAAACUGCGCGAACAUAUGAGGGGACGGAAGAGCUUAUCGAAGCAUUUGACGGGGAUACAAAGACUCUGUGGGAGAACUAUGGCAUCAAUACGGAUGUCGUUCCAUUUACGACUGAGUUUCCUCGUGCUGAUAUUCACGAAAUGUUAUCACCUGAUCUUCUUCAUCAAUUGAUCAAGGGCACAUUCAAAGACCAUCUGGUAGAAUGGGUUAGUGAAUAUCUCUAUCUGACCCACGAAAAGGCCAAAGCAGAGCAAAUCCUCGAUGAAAUUGACCGCCGUAUUGCGGUAGUCCCUGCAUUUGCAGGCUUGCGGCGGUUCAAACAUGGCCGACGCUUCAAACAAUGGACUGGUGAUGACUCAAAAGCACUUAUGAAGGUCUACUUGCCGGCUCUUCAAGACCUUGUUCCCCCCGAGAUAGUCCAAACACUGAGCAGCUUUCUCGAUUUCUGCUAUCUUGUCCAGCGACAAGACUUUGACGAGGACACACUUGAUAUCAUCGAUGAUACCAUCACCCUCUUUCAUCAGCGUCGGGAGUUUUUCCGCACUGUCGGUGUCCGCCCUGAUGGGUUUUCACUCCCACGUCAGCACUCUAUCCGGCAUUACUGCUGGGAUAUCAAACGAUUUGGUGCGCCCUAUGUAGUGUGUUCUUCAAUCACCGAAUCACGGCACAUUACUGCUGUCAAGAAGCCAUGGCGUCGCUCAAGUCGAUUUGAGGCGUUAGGACAAAUGCUGCUGACAAACCAACGUCUUGACAAGCUGGCUGCCGCUCGAGUCGAUUUCGAGGAGCGUGGCAUGCUACGCCCCCAAUUUCCCGCUCUUCCUGACAAAGUCAAUGUGGAGGAUGAUGCUGACGAAGAAGUGAUUGAUGGGCCCCGGGUUGAUGGGAAUGUUGUUCUUGCUCGCACUCGAGAGCGCUCGUACCCAUCAAAUCCUGAUGAUCUUGGCGUUCAUGUCAACAUCCUGCAGUUCUCUGCCCUCCUCCGUGCCUACCUUGACAUCGACGAAGAUCUUAACUUGGACGACGAGAUCGAGCAUCUCUCCGUGUUUCAUUCUGCCGUCGCCAGCUUCUACUCUCCCAGUGAUCCUUCUGGAAUUCGCGGCAUGAAGCGAGAGCGUAUCCGAUGUACACCAUCAUGGCGCAAACAUGGUCCACGUCGCGACUGUGCCUUCAUUGUCGAAGAUGAUGACGCUCCUGGAUUUGCUGGUAUGAGUGUUGUCCGUAUCCGACUGUUGUUCUCUUUUACUCGCCAUGGUGUCUAUCAUCCAUGUGCAGUGGUGCAGUGGUUCAAAAAGGUGGGCCGACAGCCUGACCCACAGACAGGGAUGUGGAUUGUUGAACCAGAGGUGAGACAUGGCUCCCGUCUUCUAACUAUUGAGCACUUGGACACCAUUCUUCGAGCUGCGCAUCUUAUUCCUGUUUUUGGAGAGUGUAACAUUCCCCAUGACCUUCGUUAUACCCACUCCCUUGAUGCUUUUCUGGCAUUUCAUGUCAACAAAUACAUAGAUGCACAUGCUAAUGAAAUUGCAUUUUGA